AUGGCGACGGCGCCAGCCUCCGCCAUGCCGUGCGUCCAGCUGCCGCCUGCGGGCGGCGGAAACGGACGCCUUCAGCUCACCGUCAUCCUGUGCCCCCAGCCGCCGCCUCUCCUGCAGUCAGGAGCGACGCCGAGCGAGCCCGAAGGAGGCGCUGGAGGCGACCCCCAGCGCGGCCAGAACGACACAGGUCCCGACACCCAUCAGAAAGACCAGGUUGAUGCGUUCGCUCUGCAGCGAGGGCUGCGGUCAAAAGCCUCGGGACGAGGCACCGAGAGGCGGUUGGCGUCACGCCCGGCGAGCCCGCGAGUUCGUUUGGGACUGCGCGACGCUGCACGGGCCACAGGCGAGGAGGGGAGCCGUAGAGCAGCGACCACUGGAUAUAUUUACAAGAGGCACUCACAUACUACUCUUGUUCGUAAAUGGAAGAAAAAAUUGUCCAACGAAUGUGAUCAACCGAUAAUUUUAAAUUGUAUGGCGGUGGGCAUGGAACAUUGA